AAUGAGAUCCUUUUAAGUUAGCAAAGACUCGUCAUUCAGGUAUCAUUUUAUUCUCAUUUUAGGAUCUUAUGUCCCUCUAACAAAAUAGAAAUGGAGGAAGAGACAGUAGAAACUAAUAUUUAGUUAUAAGUUAAGAAUAUCUAUAGACCAAUUAAAAUUAUUCUUCCACCUCCAAAUCUCCCUAAAAUUAUUACAAGCACUAAGUAAAUUUAUUUUCUAAAUUAGAUCUUGUAAUUGCAAAAAAUCUUAAUGUUUAAAACAGUAUUGUGAUUGCUUUGCUAACGGAUAGGUAUGCUCUGAAAAUUGCAAUUGUGUUGGAUGUUUUAAUAAUUCUCUCAAUAAUUCUUAAAGAAAAGAAGCAAAAUUAUAAAUAAAAGCAAGAGAUCCAGGGGCAUUCAAAUAAGCCUUUAAAGGAUGCAAUUGCAAAAAAUCAGGAUGCUAAAAAAAAUAUUGUGAAUGCUUUCAAAAUAAUUUAUAAUGUACACAUUAAUGUAGAUGUGAAGGAUGUGUCAAUUGCUUAAAAUGAG